CGGAAAAUAUUCCAAUUGCUCUAUGUUUACAUUGAUCUAUGCCAAUCGAAAGCAAGACAGCUUUUAAAAAUAAUUUCUUAUGUACUUAUAUUGGCUUUGGAUUAAAUACAUGACCUCGAAAUAUCCGCUCAACGAGGCAGCACCGAUAAAUAUCCCUUGCACAGCAGAUAGUUCUUCAGAGGAUCAGUGCUAAUGGAGCCUGGUCUCCAAUGGCAACCUCAACUUUAUGGUGAUGACAAAAGCAAUGAAGGGACGGGUCUUGAUCUCAAUUUACCAGGCAUGCAAAUUUAUCCCUUUAAUUGUCCAAUUUACCGGAAUUGGCCUACUUUUUAUGAAACAAGAAACCAUAAAAGGUUAAAGCUGGAACAUCCUAUGGAUGAAUCCGUUGGUAGCAAUGGUAACCAUAUUUGUAGUACUAGUAAUAGCUUGACCAGCUUUCGAAGACUCCAAUUCCGGGAUCAUUUACGGGCUUACACGCAGAGAUAUUUAGCAAUUGAGGCUAUGGAAGAAGCAGCUGUUGUCAUGUUGGGAGGUGAUGGAAACGAAACCAAUGAAGAAGAAGGUGAAGAAGGAAUGAAACUGGUCCAACAACUCAUUGCUUGUGCUGAGGCAGUGGCUUGUCGUGACAAAAUACAUGCUUCAGCAUUACUAUCAGAGCUCAGGGCUAAUGCCCUUGUCUUUGGAACAUCAUUCCAGCGCGUUGCUUCUUGCUUUGCCCAGGGACUUGCUGACCGUCUUGCUUUGGUUCAACCACUAGGGGCGGUUGGAGUAGUAGGACCAGUAGCAAAAGCAAGGACUGUUACGCUAGAAAAAGAUGAAGCCUUAAGCCUUGUCUACGAAUUAUGUCCGCAAAUCCAGUUCGGUCAUUUUGUAGCGAAUGAAUCAAUAUUGGAAGCCUUUGAGGAAGAGAGUUUUGUUCACGUAGUGGACUUGGGUAUGACACUUGGCCUGCCUCGUGGCCACCAGUGGCGCAACCUAAUGCAAAGCCUAGUCCACCGUGCAGGUCAGCCACCCAAACGUCUUCGAAUAACCGGAGUGGGAACCUGCCGUGAACGCCUCCAAGCAAUUGGAGAUGAUCUAGAACACUACGCAAAAAGCUUGAAAUUGAACUAUGAGUUUUCAGUCGUGGAAAGCAAUUUAGAAAACCUGAAACCUGAAGAUUUCAAGACAUCGAAUGAUGAGGCCUUGGUCAUCAAUAGCAUUUUUCAAUUGCAUUGCGCGGUGAAAGAGAGCCGAGGAGCAUUGAACUCAGUUCUACAAAAGCUACAUGAAUUGUCUCCCAAGCUCCUCAUUCUAAUAGAGCAAGACUCGAGUCAUAACGGGCCUUUCUUUCUUGGCAGGUUCAUGGAGGCAUUGCAUUAUUACUCAGCCAUAUUUGACUCACUAGACACAAUGCUGCCCAAGUAUGACACUAGGCGUGCCAAAAUGGAGCAAUUCUAUUUCGCCGAAGAGAUAAAGAACAUUGUAAGCUGUGAAGGGCCGGGCAGAAUCGAAAGGCACGAAAGGGUGGAUCAAUGGCGCAGGAGGAUGAGCCGGGCUGGUUUUCAAACAGCGCCUAUCAAGAUGAUAAUGCGGGCCAAGCAGUGGCUUGGAAAGGCUAAGGUUUGUGAGGGUUACACAAUUGCAGAAGACAAAGGGUGCUUGGUUCUCGGCUGGAAAUCAAAACCAAUUAUUGCAGCCUCUUGCUGGAAAUGACCUUAAUUCAAGGAUUUAAGCCAUCUUUGUGUGGGGUCUGAACUUGAAAUGGUAUUUGCUUGGGUACUGGGUUUAAGUCUAAAAAAAAAAAAAAAGGCUUUGAAAAAAUUGUUCAUAUUAAUGCACUGUU